CACACACACACACACACACACACACACUUACAUACAUACGCACUGAGGACAAGCGCUCCAGAAGUAAGCAGGUCCCUUACCAGUGCUCAUUGGAGAGUUCUUCGGGAGUGCUGCCAUUCAGCUUUUUUUUUAUUUUUCUUUCUUUCUUCGAGGGAACACACAAAAGGAUUUUUAAAAGGGUAUUGUUUAAACUCUACCCAAGCAACGAUGUGGCUACAGAGGACACAGCUCCUUCUGGGGGUUGUCUUCUUUGGAAUAUUGCAAAGUGUGGCGUGUGAAUCUUCUCUUCCGACUAUCGUUUCGGAUAGAGACGAGUUCGUGUUAGAGCUGCACUCCAAGUUUAACAUCAGCUGUACAGGGAAGAAAAGUGUCAUGUGGGUCGAACCACUACCACUUAACACACACGUGAUGCCGGGGUAUUACACGAUCACACUUCUGAUUGACGGCGCAGAGGCUCAUAACACAGGAGAGUACACGUGUGUUUAUGAGGACAUAGAUGAAACGGAUUCGUACAGUGAUGAUGUCGAGGGGGCCAGUAUCUAUAUUUUUGUCCCAGACCCUCAAGUUCCAUUUGUUCCCGAUGAUUCGACCGGGGGUUUCCGCUAUGGCAUUCCUUGCCGUGUUACAGAUCCCCAGUCUGUUGUCAUUCUACGGAGUCUGACAACUGGACAUAGUCUCUCAUUUCCCUAUGAUUCGAAGUUUGGAUUCAUUGGUGUCUUUUCUCCUGGUCAGUACGUGUGUGAGACAGUUGUGAAGGGUGAGGUGGUCAGGAGCAGGGUGUACAACGUGACAGACAGUUCAGAUUUAGAAUGGAUGAAUGACUUCGAUGUGGAGCUGAAAGCCAGUCAGGACGAGAUCAAAGAGGGGGAAGCUUUUAAAUUGACCUGCACGGUUCCACCUGGUUCUGACUAUUUCCAGCAGUGGUUGCAUCCCAGUAGAGAGGCUGUAGGUGCUAUCCAGAAGAAGGAGACCUACCCUGAUAAGGUUUUGUACAUCCUCAGCAUACCGCAUGCCUCAACAAAUGACACUGGCUUCUACGAAUGCUCAGUCACAGAGCACUCCAGCGGCAAAACACGCUCCUCCAAAGUCAUCGUCACUGUCCAUGCGGGUUCUUUUGUUAUUCUGGAUCACCCUGGGCUUGGACCGGAAGAAACCGUCUAUGUUCUAGAGGAAUUGGAAAUUAGAAUUUACAUCACUUCUGAUGCUGUUCCCAAGAUCACAUGGUUCAAAGAUGGGCAUGUAUUGAAUGCUAAUUAUAUAACCACCACGAUGACUCCUCUACCAAACAACAGGUACGAGAGUGUUUUGAUUCUGCAACACCUUCUAGAAGAUGACAGUGGAACAUAUAAGAUUGUAGCAUCAAUUGGUUUACAGAGUGCAGAGUUCUCCUUCAAACUCACUGUUAAAGAUGAUGAGCCCCAGAUAGCACAGUCCAUGCAGGCUCCUGUCAUCUGGCCCAGAAGAGAGUCUAUGGAGGUGUUCCUGAACUCCAUGUUUAGACUGACAUGCCGGGGCCAAGCAGAAGUGGCCUGGGAAACUCCUGUCCUUCUUGACAAUGAGAAGGUAUAUGACAAGGGAGGUCUGUUCGUCUCCACUGUGACUGUGGACACUGCUACAGUGCAACACACAGGAGAAUACACGUGUCUCUACAAGAAUGGGAAUCUGACAGACAUGAGCAGCAUCUACAUCUUUGUGCCAGAUCCCAACAUGCUGUUUUUGCCCCUGCUGCCCUAUGAGCACCAUGUGCUAAAGAGCCUAGAGGAGAUGGAGAUUCCUUGCCGCGUGUCUGAUCCAAAUGCUCGUGUGAGGUUGCUCCAUGUUGAGACUGAAAAGGAUGUGGUUGCCCACUAUGACAGCAAGAGGGGUUUUCUAGGCAACUUCACACCUGGGACGUAUGUGUGUGAGAGCUAUGUGAAUGGAAAAACGCAUAGGAGUGAGAAUUACAUCGUCCAUGGUUGGACAGGGGGCUCAGGGUUGCAUGUGGAGUUGAAGGCAGAGAAGAAGGCUCUACUGGUUGGGGAAACCCUCACAGUAAACUGUAUCGCCAGAGGUAGUGAUUUACUGGAACAACAGUGGAAGUAUCCUGGAAAAGUAAUAAGAGACAACACAGUGGGCGGUGCUGAGAUGACACUAAAAGAGAUCAAGAAAGAUGUAGUAGAGAUCUACUACACCUUGACCUUACCUAAUGCCAAAACUAAAGACAGCGGACAUUAUGCCUGUUCCAUCACUGACAUCACGAGCAACGAGAGCCAAACCAAAGAGCUCAACAUUACUGUCUACGAGACGGGGUUUGUGUCUUUAACUCCAAUGCUCCGGCCCGUGGAGACAGCCGAACUCAAUGAUGUUCGCGAGUUCCAGGUAGACAUUGAGGCUCUUCCUGCGCCCAAAAUCACAUGGCUAAAGGAUGGCAUUGUUCUGCGUGAUACCGCUGCAGAGUUCACUACCUCCCUUCGGAUGAUCAGCGAGACAAGGUACCAGAGCACUCUGACUCUGAUUCGAGCUAAGACUGAGGACAGUGGCAAUUACACGGUACGAGCUGAGAUAGGCAACCGGAGUGCCAGCCACUCGUUCAGCCUUCAGGUCAAAGUUCCCGCUGUAAUUGUGGACCUGCUGGAUCUGCACCAUGGAUCAGAAACCGGCCAGGCUGUGGUGUGUGUUGCUGGAGGAUCUCCUGUCCCUGAGGUGGAGUGGUACAUCUGUAAAAACAUUAAACAGUGUUCCAAUGAUUCAUCCGAGUGGUCACCUCUUCAGACAAACUCCACUGGCAUCACCAUUGAUACACACAUAGAGCAUGACAGCCAGUUGGAGAGUCAGGUGAUUUUUGGACAUCUGGAGAACACGCUGGCCGUGCGCUGCCUGGCACGGAACGAGAUGGCCGCUGUGUCCCGUGAGAUCAAACUGGUGGCCAAUGGUCCGCACUCAGAGCUCACUGUGGCGGCGGCUGUUCUGGUGCUGUUGGUUAUUGUCAUCAUCUCACUCAUUGUGCUGGUCAUUAUCUGGAAGCAGAAACCACGUUAUGAGAUCAGGUGGCGCGUCAUUGAGUCAGUCAGUCCGGACGGGCACGAGUACAUCUACGUGGAUCCCAUGCAGCUGCCCUACGACACACGCUGGGAGUUCCCACGUGAAGGCCUUGUCCUUGGCCGUAUUCUGGGCUCGGGGGCAUUUGGGAAGGUGGUGGAAGGCACUGCGUAUGGACUCAGUCGCUCUGGGCCGGUGAUGAAGGUGGCAGUUAAGAUGCUGAAACCAACAGCUCGCUCCAGUGAGAAACAGGCACUAAUGUCGGAGCUGAAGAUUAUGACUCACUUGGGCCCUCACCUUAACAUUGUCAACCUGCUGGGUGCAUGCACCAAAUCAGGUCCUAUCUAUAUCAUUACCGAGUACUGCUUUUAUGGAGACCUGGUGAACUACCUGCAUAAGAACAGAGACAGCUUCCUGACCCGACAGACUGAAAAGAGCAAGAAGGAAUUGGACAUUUUUGGCAUCAAUCCAGCUGAUGAGAGCAGCCGGAGCUACGUGAUCCUGUCGUUUGAGGAAAAAGGAGACUACAUGGACAUGAAGCAGGCAGACACAAUGCAGUAUGUCCCCAUGUUGGAGAGGAGCAACACCUCCAAAUACUUUGACCUUCAGUCAGACGACUAUGAUCGCCCUCCCUCUCACAAACACAUCAACGAAAGUGAGGUGGAAAAGCUUCUUUCUGAUGACUCCGAGCGCUUGACCACAAUGGAUCUUAUUAGCUUCACCUAUCAAGUGGCCAGAGGGAUGGACUUCCUGGCAUCCAAAAAUUGUGUUCACAGAGAUUUGGCAGCUCGAAACGUGCUGUUGUCUCAGGGGAAGAUUGUGAAGAUCUGUGACUUCGGGCUAGCCAGGGACAUCAUGCAUGACAACAACUACGUAUCCAAAGGAAGUACCUUCCUGCCAGUAAAAUGGAUGGCCCCUGAGAGCAUCUUUGAUAACUUGUACACCACUCUGAGCGAUGUCUGGUCUUACGGCAUUUUACUGUGGGAAAUCUUCUCUCUGGGCGGAACCCCUUAUCCUGGUAUGGUUGUGGACUCCAGCUUCUAUAACAAGAUCAAGAGUGGCUACAGGAUGGCCAAACCUGAACACGCCUCCAGCGAUAUUUAUGAGCUGAUGGUAAAGUGCUGGAACAAUGAGCCGGAGAAGAGACCCUCGUUCCACAAUUUGAGUGAGAGUGUUGCCACCUUGCUGCCAUGCGGAUACAAGAGGAGCUACGAGCGUGUAAAUAACAACUUUCUGAAGAGCGACCACCCGGCGGUGACACGUGUGCAGUGUGUACAAAGUGAUGAGACCUAUUUGGGUGUGUCCUAUAAGAACCAGUGCAAAAUGAGGGAGCGUGAGAGCGGCUUUGAAGAGCAGAGACUGAGCUCAGACAGCGGCUACAUCAUCCCUCUGCCUGACCUUGACCCCCUUUCGGAUGAAGAAUACACCAAAAGGAACCGUCACAGCUCUCAGACAUCUGAGGAGAGCGCUAUUGAGACAGGCUCAAGCAGCUCCACACUGCCCAAGCGGGAAGGAGAAACUCUGGAGGACAUUACGCUGCUGGACGAGAUGUGCCUGGACUCGGGGGAUCUGGUGGAAGACAGCUUUCUGUGAGAAUGCUACAAAAUGAUUAAAAGGGAAAAUGAGAGGAUGGGGGAGAGAGAGACCUUGUUUAGCAAUUCAUCUAAAAAAAAAAAAAGAAAAAGGAGGAAAAAAGGCCUGAAAUGUUAGCAUCAGUACAAGAACACCUCUUCCUUUUCUGUCCCCCACCUGUCUUCUGAACUCUUGCUCCCUGGUCUGAGGACAGUCUGCUAAAAGACUGCAUGUGUAGUGUUUAAACUUUGAGAAGUAAUGAAGUAAUACGGAAUAUUAACGUUUUGUAUCAAAUCUUUGUUUUGAUGGCCAUUCAGAACAGAGAGAUUACAAAAGAAUGUAUCAAGACCUGAGCGUACUAUUGUAUACUCCAUAACAAGCUCAUUUAGGAAUUAGUCAGUCUGAGCUUUCAGUGACCACUACACCCGGACUAAACUGACCCAACGCAGUUUAUUUCCUUUCACAUUCCACAAUUAUGGCAUUAAAAAGCACAAAGUUUGGACUAAAAAGAUAGCUGAUACUGUAACUGAUAUUACAGUAUAUACAUGAUAUUCCAUGAUGCAGUAAGUGCAGCAGUUUGAAUCUGAUUUUAUUUUUUUACAUGUUGCUGAAUAUAAAUGUGUAAUAUUUUGAGAAUAUUUUGUGGGAGGGAGAGGAAAUUUUUUUUUUUUUAUGGUCCUAAAUGAAGAAAACUGAUUUGUCUCACACACACACACACACACACACACACACACACACACACACACACACACACACACACACACACGGACAUUUGCAAUUCUGACACAUUACAUCAAAGAGACCAAAGACUAAACAUUUCCGAUCAAUGUGUCAAGCACAAGCAUUAUCUCAAGACCUGCGCUUCUAACAGUGUUAUAAUACACAGGGACUCUGUUUUUACCCUGUGAAGGUGAACCAAUCAAUCACUUAACUGAGAGAAUAAACCUUGUGGUAGCUUAACUGGCCUUUCAAGGUCAAAUAUUGACAAUAAGCUGGAAUGUUUUGAUGCUGUGUAUAAAAUAAUGUAACAUAUUCAUCUAUUUUACUAUUUGAAUAAUCUGAACCUGGUGACAUUAUUAUUUUGGAUGGUUUAGAUGUUGUACCCGAAGGUGUCCUUUCAUAUUCUUAAGCUUUCUUUUGUAAAGCUUUAGACCUUUAGCACAGUAACCUUGGUAAUAUUGUAGAGCGAGGCGGAACACUUUUUAGUAAAGGAACAGAUACAGUAGUUUUAAAGAUUAAAAUAACGCAAAUACGGAUAAACCUAUUUUUGCCAUCAGUUUUAAGGUGGAAAAUAAUUUUGCUUCUUGCUUGACAUGCAUUAUUGUUGCCAUAGGCAUAAUUUACAAAACUGGCCAGUACACCUUCCCCCAAAUAUGAUAUUACAAUUAACCCAAAAAUACAGAUUUACAAUUGCUAAGUGUUAUAAAAACAUAAUAAAGAGGUUGGCUCCUCUCGAUUCAGUGUGAUUGCUAAACAGAGAAUAGAGUUCCCAGGUGAGACCUGGUAACUUCUGCUGUAAGCAAUUAAGUUAAUGCAGUUAAUGCAGUUUCGAUAAAUAUCCAUUUAGCUAAUACUGGAAUAACAAAGUGAUACAUUACAAUUUUAUACAAAGUGAAUGAUUUUGUGCUAUUCAACUGCAUGUUGUUUUGCUGCAGUAUAUCUUAUCCCCUUAAAAUGUAUGUUAAACAGCCUAAUUACCCCCCAAAAAAUUGCAAGGAGGCAUGUCCUCAGACACCCUCUACAUGGGUGGGGUCUCAUUCCUCUACCCCACCAACCCCCCAAUGUUAAAUGCAUGCUUACACCCUUGCUUGUUGUGGCUGUUCCUCUUCCGACCACUUCAAAAAGGAGUCGUCCAGACAUAAUGCUCGCAAUUUACGCAGCCCGAGGACCGGCCCUGAGAGUCCACCUGUGCAACUCACAGCAAUUGGGAUGGUUGAAUUAAACCCAGGCCAUGGUGGUGAAAUUGCCUUAUGCUAGCAAUUAUUCCACCAAAAAAUCCCUUUUGCAAGACAUAUGUAAAUGCUUUAAAUAACAAUAGGUUUAAUAAUCCUAUAUUUGUUAUCACUUGCUGAUUUUUUUUUUCAUUGAGAGGGUUUGUGGCAUUCCUAUAAUAUUACUGCUAUGCAAAACACAAUAUCUACCUUCUGUUCUGUUUCAGCUCUGAUGCUGGACAGUAAUGACCUGCUAUUCCCGAAUUUUGCUUUCUUAACCCAAACACAUAUUCUCCACUAAAUGUCCAGCCUCGUUGCUUAUAACAUCUAAAUCCAAGCUGAUAUCCAUCCCCGCCUGUAUCGUGUACAGUCGUCCUGAAGCAUGGUUGUGUAGCUAGUUUGAUGUUAUACAUCACUACACAGAUUAAAUGGGUUUUCAAUGUAUAGUUUAUAAACCAGCGAUCCACUGCCUCCCUCUGAGUGUAUAUCCACUGUGAUCUACUCGAUGGGCACAAAGAAGAAGAAGAAGAAGAAGAAGGAAAAAAAACCUGUUGCACUUUUUAGACCCUUCUUUAUUGUUGCUUUUAUCUGUCAUUGUAUGUAUGUUUAAAGAGUUUAUAUGAUGAGCAAAUACAUUUCAUGAGUUUUAUUUGGCUUUAAAAUGUUUCCAGUUUCUGUAGACUGCAGCCUGAAUAUGUACAGGAAAAGAUGAUAAAUAGAAAAAAAAACGGUAUGAAUUAUACUCCAUGGUACAGUAUGUGUAAUAAUAGGUAGUUAAUCCCAGUACGAGAUGUUAUCCUGUUGUUUUGUUAUUCGUUAUGUCAAUGUCAAUUCAGAUGAUUUAUAUUUCAAUAAAUGAGAUUUAAUAAUGUAA